UUCAGAGCAUUUAAAGUAUUUAUGUAUAAUGUUUUACUGUGAUUGACAGACAAACACCGACGACCUAAAAUACCACAAAUAUCUUUCGGUUUCGCUGUACACUGUAGUAUAAAAUAAGAUAAGCUGUAAUCUAGAUUGUCUUUCCCUUCAAGAACUCUCCUGUAACCCACAUUACUUCUGAGAUACUGCUUUCAAUCACUUCUGCGCCUCCGGUUGGCCCAGUCGCCUUUCAGAAAGUACUUUUGUUUCCGAACAUCUUCUCAGGUCUGAACAGCCAGGAAAAUGUCUUCGACAACCUGUGGAAUGUUGAUUUUCUACUGUUUUGUUCUUUGCCUCUUCCCAGCAGUACGGUCUGCAUGCGAGGUAUGGAAUGAAGUGUUUCAUCUAAUCGACAUCAACAAUGACGGCACCAUCACCGAGGCGGAGUUUAACUCUGUCGUCUUAAAUCAUUCGGACUUGAAUAAUGACGGACAGGUGACUAAGCAAGAAUUUACGACAGAGCUUCUGAGAGCAACCCAAGGUGUGUGUGACAUGAACGCCGUUCGACUGUAUUCCGAGCAGUUGUUUCUCCUGGUGGCGCAGCCGACGCAGAAUUCAGUUCCUCUGGCAAGAUUGGGCAACCUCUUCGACAUCACUGAUACUAAUGGUGAUGGUGUGGUUGUUCUGGAUGAAUAUCUAUUACAGAUGAGUAUGCUGGCUUUGCCUACAGACCGGCCUCAUCUAUAGAGGUAGCAAGAAGCACAUUACCCCACUCCACCCCGCGCUCACCCCCAUCUACUGAGACUGUAUCUUGGCUUGUGCUCAGUACUUUUUUUUACUAGGCCCUUCGUAACAGAGUUAUCAAGUACAUGAGAUACAGCGAGCAUCUGACGAUCCGUUCCUCGGGUAUGCUGUUCAGUGAACAUACUAGAUGUGAACAAACUGACGGCUGGCACACUGUACCGCUGACUCUGGAAAAGUCAUUAAACAUUAGUUGGAAUGUUUCCUGACUUCCUCAUCUCCAAUAUGUUUUCCUGCGUUUUUCUCUUCAACUGUUUUUUUCAAAGUUUACCACCAUCGUUAUAUUUGUCUAAGUUAGAAAGAUUACUUUAGAAUGCAGAAGCCGUGAAUAACACUGUCAAUGUAUUUAGGCAGGGGUAGGUGUAUUCUGAUUUCUCUCUUUCGCCGUAUCAUAGACGUCCCAUAACGUUGGUUUAUUUUGUAAUUUUUGAGGACAAUUUUAUGUGUGGAAAAGAAGACACCAAUCCCCAUGCAGUCGAUCCCAGUACACCACAAAAUAUUACAAAUACACUUUUUUAUGACUCAUAGGGAAACUGGCGGGACACGAGUAAAAGUAGCAUAGCAUUUAUAUGCAGGACAUAUUUUUCAAAUGUGCAUAUGCAUGUUUUCUAAUAAAACAAAAAUGUUUCUCAACAUGCUUGGCGUUCGACUACAUAAAUGCUAUAAAAAAUAUAUAUCUAUAACUACGAUGCCAGAGAUAUAAAGUACACGUUG